AUGUAUUUCGGCAUCGGUGUCAGACUCGCAAAAACAGCCAGUCCGAUUCGGGCCUCUGCAUGGAAUCAUUGUGCGAAGCAAGGAACCGGAGCGGAUAAAGAUGGCCGUGAAAAUACCGAGUGGUCUGCUGGGCCACGGUAUCGGUACUAUCCUCCAGUAGCGCUCAGGCUGCAACAGCUUGUAGUGAAGGAAAAUCCGAGGCCGAAUCGAGUUGUCGGCCCAGUGGAUCAUCCAAGCAAGGAAACCAGCAUCAGUCAUAAAAACAUGCCGUCAGGACCAGUCAUAAGUGAUUGGAUCUGCAAGUCGCUAGUCUUCUUCCUCGCUAUCGCUAUGCAAGCCCGCCUGACCACGAAGCUCACGCCCGGUUUCUCUAAAAACCUCGAAGAGAGACUACCGGACCACAAUAGAGUGCUGUUCUCGUGGUGGCUAAACCCUUCGGAUCAGCAGCUGAAAGCUUUCAUGCUCGGCGUCAGCGCCUUCCUCUCGGUCGUGCUCUGGGUACCGAGCCUCCGUGGUAUCGGGCUGCCGAUGGGCGUCGUCUUGUCUAUAACAGGGCUUUACUCUGAUUUGCAGUUGAAGGAAAGCUUCAUUCCGCACACUGCUCUUUUGUUAAUGUGCUGCGCUGCGCUGUAUCUGGAGUAG